UGUGGGAUUGGACGCUAUUGACAUAGCGACAGGAGAGCUGCUAGAAAAACAGUCUUAUUCCUAUUUGUAUCAAUAGCUUUGGGGAAUUUAUCAUUCCAACAGCUGCUAUGAACGGGUCAGUGGCCAAAAAGACCCAAGACACUUUGGGGAAAGUGAUAAAGAAACCGCCGCUUACUGAAAAACUGCUCACCAAACCGCCGUUUCGAUACCUGCACGACAUAUUCAGUGAGGUGAUCCGGACCACUGGCUUCAUGAAGGGACUCUAUGUAGAGACCGAGAUGAAGUCAGACAAUGUGAAGGAUAAGGAUGCUAAGAUAGCAUUCCUGCAGAAGGCUAUGGACGUGGUAAUGCUGGUGAGCGGCGAGCCCCUGUCGGCCAAGCCAGCACGCAUCGUAGCCGGCCACGAGCCUGAGAAGACCAACGAGCUGCUGCAGGCCAUAGCCAAGUGCUGCCUCAACAAGCUGUCCAGUGAGGAGGCAGUGAAGCGGGUGCUGGCGGGGGACAAGCUGGACCCCAAGGGGAAGGUCAGCACCUCCCGUUCCCAGGACAAGGAGAACCGGGAGGGACGAGAGCACCACAGAGACCGAGAGGAGAGGAAGGAGAUCCGAGAGCACAGCGUCGGUGGAGGCCGGGAGCAGAAGGACCCGGACCAGCCCAAAGAGCAGGAGGGCAGGCGGGGCGACAAGGAGAAGGAGCCCCACCGCGAGGGAGAGAGGUCGGAGAAGGCCCGCGAACGAGACCGGACCAAAGACCGUGACAAGGACAAGAGCCGGGACCGAGAGACGGACAAAGACACGAGAAGAGAGAAAGACAGGGAACGAGACAAGGAGAGAGAGAAGGACCGGGAGAAGGACAGAGACGGAGAGAAGAGCAAAGAUAAGGAGUCACACAGAGCGAGAGACAGAUAUAGGGAUAAGGAGAAAGAUGGAGACAGGGAUAAACGGCGAGACAAGGGAGAAAGGGAGAAGGCGAGAGAGCCCAGACACAAACAGGGGGAGGAGAAGACCAAAGUGCCAGAGAAAGGCGACAGAAAGGCCAGAGCAUCAGAGGAGUCAAAACACCGACCACAUCCAGAGGAGCCCAGUAAAACGACCAAACCUGAACAAGCGACCGCAGAAGUCAUAGACAAGCAGUCUGACAGUCCAGCCAGAAUACCCCGGCCUUCAUCUGCUAAGGGGCAGAGGCGCAUGCCCGAAGCGGGAGUCCAACAAGAUGGAGACACACCUUUGGCAGAGAGGCCGGUCCCCCUGGAGAACGGAGAUGCCACAGACGCAGUGCCAGCCCACAUGGCACACAGCAACAAAAGGAUACCUCGUCCCAACAGCGCACGGCCCGCCCCUCCUCGGUUCAAGAGGCAGGAGAGCUACACUGACGUGACCCCAGCCGAAAGGCUGACCAGUGCCAAGCCCCCUACGGCUGUCAUCAUGGAGGGGAAGAAGCUCUCUGAAGAUGAGGAGGAGGAUGAAGAUGAGCAGUUUGUGGUGGAGGAGGCUGCCCCUCCUCUCCCCGACAUGCCCAACAUGGAGAUGGACCCAUCAGUGGAACUCCAAGGCGAUGAGAAGCAUGGUGGGCUGGUGAAAAAAAUCCUUGAAACCAAGAAAGACUUUGAAACAUCACCAUUAUCUCCAAAGUCCAAAGACCAGACACAGAGCCUGGUGUCAGAAGCGGCCAGGAAGAAGGAGAGGGACCUGGUGUCCAGGGAGAUCGAACGCCUACGCACGUCCAUCCAGACGGUGUGCCGCAGCGCCCUGCCCCUGGGCAAGAUCAUGGACUACAUCCAGGAGGACAUGGAUGCCAUGCAGAACGAGCUACACACCUGGAGGAGGGAGAACAAGGAGCAUGCACAGGCCCUGCUGCAGGAACAGAGAGUGACAGACAGCGCGGUGGAGCCUCUGAAGGCCGAGCUAGCCGAGCUGGAGCAACUGAUCAAGGAGCAGCAGGACAAGAUCUGCGCCGUCAAGUCCAACGUCCUGAAGAAUGAGGAUAAGAUCCAGAAGAUGGUGACCAGCAUCAACUUCUCUUCGCGAACAUGAGGGGGAGCCAAGGUCCAAAUAAAGGGGUUCGCUCCCUUAAAAAAGCACUAAA